UCAGUCAACACAACAGAAACCACACCAACCAUGACUCUCUCCAUCUUCCUCAUCUGGACACUGCUCUGCUGCUGCCUCAUAGGAUCCAACAGUCAGGUGACUGUGACUCAGCCUCCGGUAGUGAAAUUUACUCCAGGAUCCACUGUCACUCUGAACUGUAAAACCAACCCAGAUGAUUCCCAAAACAGUAAUGGUGAACGUCUGAACUGGUAUCAACAGAAAACUGGAGAAGCUCCAAAGCGCCUAAUAAAGCUUGUAAGCCAACGUGAAUCUCAAACACCAGCUCGGUUUAGUGGCAGUGGAAGCAGGACUGACUUCACUUUGACCAUCAGUGGAGUCCAGGCUGAAGAUGCAGCAGUUUACUACUGUCAGAGUUAUCAUUAUAUAAACAGUGUCAAUGAGUUCACACACGGAUGUACUGCGCUGAUCUGUUCUUGUGUGCACAUUUUCCCAAACUGUAUCAGGAUGAUGACACCGAUGUUUCUGCUGGCCAUGUUGGGAUUCUUACUGCAAGAGUCAUCCGCCAGCCAAUUUCUGACUCAGGCGGACAAACUGAAGUCCGUCCCUCUCGGACGGACCGUGUCCAUCACGGCCACGGGGAGUUCAGAUAUUGGUGAUGACCUCAGCUGGUAUCUACAGAGACCCGGACAGGCUCCCGAACUCCUCAUCUACUCCGCCACAACUCUCAACUCGGGAACUCCGCGCCGAUUUAGUGGCAGUAGAUCUGGUUCAGAUUACACCCUGACGAUCACGGCGUUUCAGGCUGGUGAUGCUGGGGAUUACUAUUGUUUUGGCUACCAUGGUAGUGGUGUGUUCACACAGUGAUACAGAGCCAUACAAAAACCUCCCUCAGUUUGACCGCAGCCCCCUGCAGCUGCAGCGGGUCGGAGAUCAUAGGUUCACUCAGUAGUGAAAUUCUGGCACAACCACGAAUACAUAAUAGACUUUAUGCCAUAGAUAGUAAUACUGAAACACACUGACUUUUUAACAUGUAGUUUUUAACUUCAAUAUUAACUGAAAAUGAAUUUAAC